AUGGCGCCUACACACUCCACUGAGAAUGCCAGAAGUUUUUCGGCUGUGAGUGCGUUGUGUCUGUGUACAUCAGUAGUCACCACACCCACCAGCAACCAUCACACACUCUUCGUUACACUCCCCACUCCGGAGGAUGCUGUGUCUACCAUACAGCCAGGACACGACCAGGAUGACCUCGACGUCACCACAGACUUGCCCAUCACCUCACCUCUGCCACACGAGGGCCACAACGAACCAAGAUCUGCUCUGCUGCGCUUCCCACAGGAGACUAAGAUGGUCUUCCUGGCUGACGACUUCGAAGCGGCGUCAAGGUUCCCGGAGCUACAGGCAAGAGUGCCAGACCGCUCUGGUGGCCUGGAUGAACAGGCACUCUUUCCAAACACCCGCUCCAGACCCAAGACCUCGGAUCAGGCCACCCCUCGCGACAUCCUGGAUACCACCGGCAGGAACGCUGGCAGUACCAAAGACUACCUGGAUCUGUCUCUUGGAGCUGAGUCUCGUCCAGACCUCCAGACGGAUAUCGAGGUCGGUCACGUGGGAUCAAGGCACAACCCAGGUUACUACCGUCCCAGCCUCUACAACCACCAGCCUCGACCCCGUCCCGGCCACCACCAGUUCCCCGUGGCUUCCGUUAUCGACAAGGACCCAUUGUACAACAUCUACUCCCGUCCUGGAGUCCUCAAGAAGCCGUACCACAACAUGACCAGAGUCCUUAAUAUCGAUGCUGAGUGCCAGGAUGACUUCAUGAGGAUCCAUGUCCAGUUCAACGGCUCCUUCAGCGGUCUCAUCUACUCCUUAGGUUAUGCCUACGAUGGAGACUGCAUCUACGUGAACGGCUCUGGUCGCCUCGUUUACGACUUCUUCAUCCAGCUUAACCGUUGCGGUACUCUGAGUGGCAAUGAGAAGGGCAGGGAGGACAUCAGAGGUCGCACGCCCUCGUUUUUCUCCUGCAGAAAAAACAUGAUGGGGAAAACACUGACGGUGCAGUACAACCCGCUGAUCGAGGAGGUGUGGGACGAGCACUUCAAGGGGGACUUUCGAGUAUGGCUACGACUUCUGAAGACAGUCACCUUUCCCUUCCUCGAUGUCGAAGUUCAGACGGGCAAUCCCGUAGUUUUCACCCUGACGCCUCCAGAGUGCCACAUGGAAAUCCGCUACGGUAUUGGCACCACGGGAAAGAGAGUAACAGGUCCGGUGCGUGUGGGCGACCCCCUCACUCUGGUCAUCUACAUGCGCUCAGAGUUCGAGGGCUUCGACAUCGUGGUGAGUGACUGCUAUGCUCACAACGGCGGCAAUAAGCGCAUUGCUCUCAUCGACCACUACGGGUGCCCGCUGGACGAGUCGCUCAUCAGUCACUUCGAAGGUACGCGGACUUCAGAAGGUCUGUACGAGACACAAGUGUACGCUUUCAUGAAGACUUUUCGCUUCACCGGCUCCCCAGCUCUCUACAUCGAAUGUGAGUCAGGAUGUGCCACGGAGGGUUGCCCGACGCAGCCGUGUCACUGGCGGAGUGCCAAGAAGCAGAAGCGCUCGGUGCAGGAAGAUGAUAAAAAGAUCAGCCCAGCCAACGUCUCCGAGUCCCUUAGUCUCUUUCAGUCUAUCCAGGUGGUACGAGAUGACCAACUUCUCCGUCCAGCACUCAGAGAGACUGAUACAGAAAACGUGUGUCUGAAGAGUGGGACUUUCUCUGCCUUGGCAGGGAUGGUAGCAGUAGUGGUGGGAAUCCUGACGGCUGCCUGCAGCAUCCUCUGUCUUAGACUCCGCACCGCACACAAGCAAGACGAUCCGACACCACCUCUCUCAACACCCUUCGCAAGCCAUUACAAAUCAGAUUACGUCCCGCCUACUAAAAGGAGACUUGAAUGAAAAAAAAAAAUCAUGAUGUAAGAAUACAAACUGCCAUCAGAUUCUGAACGUAAAAUCCCACUCGUGAAAACAAGAGAGAAGGUUGAAGGUACUGCUUUAUCUUCCAUAAUGUUAAGAUACAAAGUAACACUGGGAGAACACGACGGUGGUGCUGAGGUUGCAAGUGGGGUGACAAAUGCUACAACCGUCAUCCAGUAAGACAAAGCUUAGGGAGGUUUCAUGCUCUUUAUUUUUUUUGGCCUUCAGAAGAUUCUUCCUUCAGAAAAUUUACCGACAUUCAUGUUAAUAUUUGUUAAU